ACCUACGUGGUUAAUGUAGGUGUUUGGGCUAUUGCCAUAUCAGGUAACUGAUGAAAUGAUAUAGAGUGACUGUCACUUUCAUGUGUGAUCACAUCUACUAGAAAUUAGGAUAUCGACUGUGUGAGAAUGUUAAUGAGGGGUUAAUAGAGUACGAGAGUCGCGAGCCAGUUGACGUUCGAGAAAGGCUUGGUCGUGUGUCCUGCCACAGUUCAGGUUGCUGGCAUUCACGCAGUACCUUAUUCACCGGCCGUCAAACAAGGAACAAAGUUGAUUUGCGGUGCCGAGAGCUAUUGAACUUGAAACAUGGACACGAUCGUUUAAUGCGUUGUCGGAUUUAUCAAGCCGAAUAUGAACUACGGAGUCUGACAUCAUUAGGCCUAUGUAUUGACGAAUGGCUCAAAGCACGCUGGCUUAUCAUCGUGUCCCAGUUCUUGUACAAUAAUUUCUACUGCUGACAGAGUCGAAACAAAUGAACAGUGGAGAAACCAAAGAGCUGUAUCUGGAAGGAUAUUUGAUACAAACAUUAAUUGGAACUGAGGAAAAACGAAAUUGAAAGAUUGGUGAAAGAGAAAGCUGUAUUUUCCAGAGCUGCACUGGAAGUAAGGUGCACGUGUUUUUUUCAAAUACACUGUUGCCGUUAAAUGAACGCUGUAUGUACAUGGCCACUCCUUUAAUAUUGGUAACAACAUUGACGGUCUAUACGCAGAAUCGUACUCUACAGACAACAUCAGUAAGCAUCAAUCACAAUUAAGGUAUCACCCACACGUGUCAGGGAGACAGAAAUCUGAACUUGGAAUGCUGACAACAUCAAAGUUAAGACGGAUGUUCAGAAUGUGCUAUAGGAUACGAGGUUGAGUUAUCUAACGUCAUCAUCAUCAUUGCAUAGCUGUUUAUCAUCUGAAUGUUGUUUUCGUGGUGUAUGUGAAGAACAGACUGUGUUUUCUGAUCUGGAGAAAGUGAUACUAAUUCAGGAUAGUGUUCGUCUUUUCUUGGCACGGAGUCUUUGAUCGUCUUUUCUUGAAAGAUGCCGAAGUCUCAAGUGGGUAGCAAUGAGUCCGGCCGGGAGUAUGUGGGCUUCGCUACUCUACCCGAUCAAGUUCAUCGCAAAUCGGUCAAGAAAGGGUUUGAAUUCACUUUGAUGGUUGUCGGUGAAUCAGGCCUAGGGAAGUCUACUUUGGUCAACAGCCUCUUCCUGACAGAUUUAUACAAAGAAAGAAGAGAUAUCAGCGCUGAUGAGCGUAUUGAGCAGACAGUUGACAUUAAGAGAUGCGCAGUCGACAUCGAGGAGCAAGGAGUUCGACUAAGACUCAAUGUUGUCGACACGCCAGGAUUUGGGGAUUCUAUCAACUGCAAUGCCUCGUGUACUCCAAUAAUCGAUUACAUCGAGGAGCAAUUUGCUCAGUAUUACCAGGAUGAAAGUGGAUUGAACCGAAAGAACAUUAUUGACAACAGAGUCCACUGCUGUUUGUACUUCAUCUCACCUUAUGGACACGGAUUAAGACCUAUAGAUGUUUGCUUCAUGCAGAGAUUGCACGAUAAAGUAAAUAUUGUACCAGUGCUAGCUAAGGCAGACUGCUUAACACCAACAGAAGUUCGAACAUUAAAAGAUAGGGUUUUACGUGAAAUACGAGAGCAGGACAUCAACAUUUACAACUUUCCUGACUGUGACUCGGAUGAGGAUGAGGAUUUCAAACAACAAGACUCAGAGCUUAAGGCUAGCGUACCCUUUGCUGUUAUUGGCAGUAACACUGUGGUUGAGGUUGGAGGGAAGCGGGUGAGAGGAAGGCUAUACCCGUGGGGCAUCACUGAAGUUGAAAACCCAAAGCAUUGUGAUUUUGUCAAGCUGAGAAAAAUGCUAAUAAGAACUCACAUGCAGGAUCUGAAGGAUGUGACACGCGACCUCCACUAUGAGAACUAUCGCCUCAGGAGAAUCAAGGAUGAGACAGAUCAUCCUGAAGUCAAGCAAGAGAGACUUAACUCAAUCAGAAAGGAAGCAGCCGUAAAGCCAGGCCCAAGUGAGAAAGAUCGCAUGUUAGAAGAGAAGGAAGCUGAGCUGCGUAAGAUGCAGGAGAUGUUGCUCCAGAUGCAGGCCGAGAUGGCGAGGCAGCAGGGUGGAGAUGCUUCAUCAAAACGUAAUUCAAACGUAGUGGAUGGAUCCACUCUGCCAGGGGAGAUGAAUGACCCUAAUGAUAGCCGAAGCAGCACUGUGGAAGUAUAAUGUUAUUGUUUAUAAUAAUCAACGGUAAAUGUACAUAUUUUUGGCAAUAAUCACAUCAGCUAGAGGCAAACAGUUUCCAAUCAAUCCUUGAGUCAUUCAAUACAUAAUGUAAGACAACAGUGAAAAAGGAACUAAAUCAGAUUUUCAAUACAGGACAUUAUUUUGUAUGUAGAAACCUCAAUUUGUUUUUCUCAAAUUGGUUGAGAAACCUGUCCAAAACUCUUGAGAUAUAGGGCUGUGAAAUGUGAGGCCUGGAAAUACAGAGGUGACAUAGGCCAUUCCUAUAGACUUCCAGGAUUUCUAAUGUCCGGCUUGCAAAAUGAAAAUGGCCUCGCCCUCUCAAAGUAAUCUUUAUACUUAAACACUAUGCAGAAUUAUAUUCCACUUUGAUCUUUGUACUGAAACGGAUAUACUUCACACUAACCAGUGUAUACAUGUAUUUCACUUAUUGUAGAGCUAAUUAGAUUAUCACAUUUAUGGCAAUUACACAUGGCAUUUGAUCAAGUCAAGCAAGAAUUUUAGCAUUAUUGUGUUAGCAUUAUUUGUAUUUAUAGCAACAAGUGUCAACCAUUAAGGUAAUCACUCCUUAGUAUAAGUCUUUCUCAAAAGUAGAAGAAAGGUGGACAAUAAAAGACAGCUGCACUCUUAGAGUGGGUGAAAUCGUCAUUGUUUUUAUACAAGACUGAAAGUCUCUGCUCUUCCAGAACACUUGUAGCUCUCCUUCUAGACAACUCUCUUUAAUAUGGAGAGGUUGGAAAAUAUUCCAAGAUUCCAUUCCAAGAUUUAAGGUUGAUUUAACUGACUCAACUUGAAAAAAAGAAAGUGUUUUGCUGUUUUCCUGAUCUGACACAUGUGUACAAGCAAAUCUCACAUCUCAUACAUAAUUUUGUAUACAUUCAUCAACAUUUUCUUAACAGGAUUCCCGGCAGGGAUUAACUUGCGUGAGAAUUUGGCUAGAUUUUUCUGGGAUCCCAGCGGAACCCGGAUGGUGCGAGUCCCGGCUGGAUUUUGAUAGGGCUCUGCUAGGACUUUGGCAGAGUCCCAGCAUUUUUUUCGCGGGAUCCAGGCGGGGUUUUGAUGGAAUCCGUAUUAGUCCAACCGGAAUCCCGGUAAAAUCCCAGUUGAUCCAGGCCGAAUCCGGUAAAUUCAACUGGAAUCCCUGUUCAAAGAAAAAUCAACAGGGAUUGAUUGAGUGCUAGCUAUUACAGUCAGCACUUCACAGGUUCAUGUUUUGCCACUAUUUAUCAGUAGUUAACAGAUAAAUACUGCUAUAUUGUAUUUAUUCCGAAAUUGAAAUAACUAUAUACAGUUCUGUUUUAUUGUUUUGGGAUAGUCUUGGGUUCCCUUUUUUUUUUUUUUUUAUUCUUCAUUAGGUGAUGUUCAAGUAUUUAUAAGCAGUGGAAUGUCAAUUAAGAUAAAUUUGUAUAUAUGUAAUAGUUGUUAUAUCGGAGAGUAAUAAUUUUGGAAAGCUUCCAUUGAAAAAGGAUUUUAAUAAAGGUUUAUAGUCUGAAACAAG